AUGGCUUCCUGCAAAUCUCUUUUCCUCAUUUUCCUAACUACACUCAUCUGUAUUUGCGAUUCCACCACCACCGAGAAAAAGCCACCGGCGAGGUCACAAUCUUUCCGGCUAGCACUCGGCUCACUAUCCAAAUCUUCUGUUUCUAAGUACGCCGCCACGUCGUCAUCAUCAUCUCACAAGUACAAGUCGUCGGUCCACGUGUCGAUGGCCCCGAUCGUGUCCCUCCCCAUCGGCACCCCACCUCAACUCGUCCCGGUGGUCCUCGACACCGGCAGCCAGCUGCCGUGGGCCCACUGCGCCCCCAAAAAGUCUCCGUCCAGCGGAUAUUCGUCCGCCUUUAUCCCUUCCCUUUCCACCUCCUACCGCCCUGUCCUCUGCCAUAACAACUCGGAUUGCCCGACUUCCAAUCCCGAUCUCGUGCCCCCGACGUGCACCAAGUUACGAUGCACCUACUCCAUCUUUUACGCCGACAGCAUGUCCAUCUCAGGCAGCCUCUUCCACGAGACCUUCACCUUCAACUCCGAUUCUCCCGUCAUCCUCGGUUGCUCACCUGUGAACGACAGCAGCGGGGCACAGGGAAUCUUAGGAAUGAACCUCGGAAACUUUUCAUUAGUAUCCCAAUUAGGAAUCUCCAAGUUUUCUUACUGCAUAUCCUCCAACAAUCUCGGUUUUUUUUACAUAGGAGAUAACACCAACGACAACAACAACAACCCGAAUCACGUCACCAAACGAAUCGAUUUCACAUGGUUCCCGGACGAGGCCGAACUGAGGCCGAGUCUCGACAAGGACGCCUACACCGUCCACCUCGUCGCCAUCCGAAUCAACGGCACGAAACUGAACGUCAGCGAGUCGGCCUUCUGGCCGGACGCCAACGGCUCAGGCCAGACGAUCAUCGACUCCGCCACGGAACCGACCUAUCUGGUCGAUCAGGCGUACGCGGAGGUGAAGACGAGAGUCGAGAGUUUGACGGGCGCGCGGUUUAACAUGACGAGCAGCCAAUCGUUCGAGAUGUGCUUCCGAGGCAACAAUGUUACGGCGGCUGCCCAGGCGAUCGGUGACUUGGGGCUCGAAUUCGAUGGGGGCGUCGAGAUGGUGAUUCCUAUGGAGAGAGCGAUGGUUAAUGUGGGAGAUGGUGUGAGUUGCGUAGGAAUACUGAAUUCGGGGUUGAUGAACAGGCCCGGGAGUAUCCUGGGUUAUGUCAUGUUCAAGGAUGUUCGGAUGGAGUAUGACGUGGUGAAUAAGAAAAUUGGGUUCGGGGAGUUUGGGGGUUGUGGAAGCUAA